UCCCUUCUGAAAACCGUGAAAUGAGAGAGCAAAUGUGGGGAGCAUGUUUCAUGUGUACUUGACAAAUAUAUACACAUAGCACAAGAAUAUGCUGCAAAGUAGAAGAGAAAUGUUUAUAGUAAAAAUGUAGAAACAGUGUCUUUUAUUAAGUGGUUUCCAAGCCAUCCAUUUUAAUUCUGGUGUCUUUGGGCAGAGAUGUGGAAGAAUACCUGUGCUACAUGGUUGUACCUGUAAAUCCUGUGAGCUGACACUUCCUUGUUGGCAAACAACACUGCAUCUGCACUUUUCCUUUCGAAGGGAAAUAAUGCUGAAUGCUGUUGACAGGACGUGAAAGGGGAAAGACAUGAGGUUUGGCAAAGGGCCAGCGCAUCAGCUGAAAUCACUCAGACACCUGGCAACCCUCUGCGUGUUAUUGUUGGUAGUGAUAUUAUUGUAUCAUGACCCAUUUCUACUACUGUGGUGGCCUCAGAAACCUGCAGAGAAACCCGGGACUGGUGUUUUACCUCUUGAUAUGGUGCCAGAUUCGACUGACGACAUGUACGAUGGCUGCCGAUCUGAAACAGCCUCUUUGAUCGACCUGUUUGGUGUCUUUGAGUGGCACUUCAACAGAAACUUCAGCUUUGCCUGGGCUUCAGCUGAAAGUUAUGCAAAGAAACCUGUACACAGUCACCUGAAAGAGGACCAUGCUAUUGUUAUCUACAUGUACACAAAAAUGACAAAUAUUCAACAAGAUUUCAACAAAGCAGUGAAAACAGGGAAAAAUAACUACAGCACGUACAAAUUUAUGUUCCACUAUUUCUACUUCUACCUGACUGAUGCCAUUCAAGUCCUGCAUUACAAUCAGACACUAUGCAGAACCACGUAUUAUAGGACACUGAAACACUUUGACCGCAAUGUUGUCAACAGAAAAAUGCGUUUCGGUGCAUUCAUUUGGGUAGCUUCAAGCAAGCAGGCCUUUGUUUCUAAUGGCAGUGUGUCUUGUUUUGAGAUCCACUCAUGUUUUGGUGCAGAUAUAACAUAUUAUUCUGCCACAAACCAAACGGGACAAGUGCUGAUUCCUCCCUAUGAAGUCUUCACAAUCACUGAUGUCCUGACAAAUGACCCAUGGUGCAGUGUGGUCUACAAGCUACAGAGCACAAGCGUACCUAAAAGUGAUUUAAAUUGUAAAUUGAGUCAAAUUAAAACAUAUUACGGAGCUGUUUCAACACAGUGGCAGAAUAGCAUAGUUGGGAUGAUGGGGGCAUGCAUAAUUCUGUUGAUUAUAAUUUCUUUAAUUCUUAUAGAGCGCGGACAGAAGUGCUUUGUGAUAGCAGUGCUGGGUGCUCUGCUGGUGCUGAUGGUUAUUUUGGUGAUGUUGAGAUUGAUUCAAUAAGAAGUUUGAGUUUUAUAAGGUGAUGGGAACAUAUAAUGUGAUAUUUUUCCACAUUUUACUACAAAUAAAAAAGAGCUGGGUUCAU